CAGGAAGUUAUGCAGUGGUACAUGAGGAAGCUCAAGACACACAAUGAAAAUUCAACAUCUGAAUGACUCAAAAGUGAACUUGCCAAAUUAGAAGGAGGAGAAGAGAACCACCAUGGGAAAAAAGAUCAUUUUGCUUCUGACUGUCGGGGUCCUCGCAUCCUACUAUGUUUACACUCCUCUCCCUGAUAAUAUCGAGGAACCAUGGAAAGUGAUGUGGAUGAUCACAGUCUCAAAAUCGAUAACAAAUUUGUUUAUGUUUGCAGAAUUCUUAGGAAUCAGCCACUUAAUGAACACUGUAAUGUUUUUCAUUGUUCUUAUCGAAGUUCCACCCACAUCUGAUGAAAAUGUCACCGUGACAGACACAAUGUUCAACAACAUUCCUGUCCGCGUGUAUGUGCCCAAACGCCAGUCUCAAUCACUGAGGAGAGGCUUGUUUUUCAUUCACGGUGGUGGUUGGUGUUUGGGGAGUGCUGCUAUGUCUUCUUAUGAUUUUCUCUCAAGACACACAGCCAAUAGACUUGAUGCUGUUGUCAUUUCAACCAACUACAGGCUAGCACCUAAACACCACUUCCCAACUCAAUUUGAGGAUGUUUAUGCUGCAUUAAGCUGGUUCUUAAGCCCAGAUGUUCUUGAAGAAUAUGGUGUAGAUCCUACUAGAAUAGGUGUGGCUGGAGACAGUGCUGGUGGGAAUCUGGCUGCUGCAGUGGCUCAGCAGCUCAGUGAGGAUCCAAAGGUCAAGAUCAAGCUCAAGACCCAGUCUUUAAUAUAUCCUGCCCUUCAGAAUCUUGAUAUGGAUCUCCCAUCAUAUCGUGAAAACUCACAUUUUCCAAUUCUACCAAAAUCACUCGCAGCCAGAUACUGGAGCGAAUAUUUUACCGCAGACAGAUCACUUGAGAAGGCCUUGCUCCUUAAUCAACAUGUAACAGCAGAAUCAAGUCACCUGUUUAAAUUCGUUAAUUGGAGUUCCUUGCUCCCAGAGAAGUUCAAGAGAGGCCAUGUCUACAAUGCUCCUUCCUUUGGUAGUUCUGACCUGACCCCAAAAUACCCAGGGUUGUUAGAUGUGAGGGCAGCACCGCUGCUGGCUGAUGACACCCAGUUGAGUGCCUUACCCACGACCCAUGUCAUGACCUGUCAGUACGAUGUCCUGAGAGAUGACGGAGUCAUGUACGUCACCCGACUCCGGAAAGCUGGCGUUCAGGUGACUCACACUCACGUUGAGGAUGGAUUCCACAGAGCCAUUUUAUUUCUGGAUUUGAAAAUUAGUUACAGGAUGAUUACUCACUAUGUUGACUGGCUAAUGAUAACUCUAUAGUAACAGUCAAAGCAGCGGCUUAUUAAAAUAUGCAAUUAAUGCAACAGGAAUAUGU